GAGUGGAAAACCCGGAAGUACAAAGCAAUUAAUCUGACAAACAAAAGCCUCAGGAAGUCGCGUGCUUUGCUACGAGGGGAAAAAAUAGGGAAAUUCAAGGGUUUGAAGAUGGCACACAAGAAAAAGCGGAUAUAAAACCGUCUUUGGUGACGUUAACUCAAACUAAAACACUACCUACUAGUCUUAGCUUUACGGCUAAUUUCGUUAGCAUCGCUGUUCGUGUAGCCUUGGUGCGUCUCCUAGCAACCGGUUGAAAUUAAACGAAAUGCCAAUUUUCUUUAAUGUGUGUUUUAUUUCCGUUUAAGUGAAGUUUCGCUCUCAUCAUCUGUCGAAAAACGUUUAGGUGUUUAAAAAAAACAACCCUCUCACGUCUCUACUCGUAGUGCUAAGCUAACCCGUAGUGCUAAGCUAACUCGCUAGCUAGCUGGAAGUUGGUUAGUUGAUCAGAAUGACCGUAGCGGUGUUUUUCGGCUGUGCGUUUACAGCCUUUGGUCCUGCGUUCUCUCUUUUCAUUUUCACCAUCGCCAGAGAUCCACUGCGAGUCAUCAUCCUGAUCGCAGGUGCUUUCUUCUGGCUCCUGUCUCUCCUGUUAUCUUCUCUGGUUUGGUUCAUUGCUGUGAAAGCUAGCAAUGCAGAUGAUGCCAAGGUACAGAAGGGUCUGCUGAUAUUCGGGGUCGUGUUCUCAGUCCUCCUUCAGGAAGUUUUCCGAUUUGCGUACUACAGAUUGCUCAGGAAGGCUACUGAAGGCCUUGCAGCUAUUAGCGAUGAAGACUCUUCACCUAUUUCCGUCCGACAAAUGGCUUAUGUGGCAGGGCUUGGCUUUGGGAUAAUAAGCGGCGCUUUCUCCAUGAUCAACAUCCUAUCUGACUCUCUGGGCCCAGGUACUGUGGGCAUCUUUGGAGACUCUCAGUACUAUUUUAUCACCUCAGCUCUGAUGACUCUGGCCAUAACAUUGCUGCACACAUUCUGGGGUGUGGUGUUCUUCGAGGGCUGCGAGAAGAAACGCUGGUGGGUCAUCGUCUUGGUGGUGUGUCUCCAUCUGCUGGUCUCCAGUCUGUCUCUCAUGAACCCUCUGUACGGAGGCAGUCUUCCUCCUGUGUACGUUGUAAUGGCUGGCAUGGCUGUGUGGGCGUUCUUCUGCUCAGGAGGAUCUCUGAACAAACUCUCCCAGCUCUGCACACGUAAGAGGACCGAGGCAGCGUCUUCGUAAGGCAGCCGAGUUCUGACCACACAGCGAGACGCAGGCAGUUUGUUGCAAGGCUGCAUUCACUUCUCGAAGUAACAGAAGCAGCUGGAGCAACAACAGUAGCAGCGUCCAUCUGUUAUGAUGAUUGCCCUGGGGUUAAACUCGAACCCCUACCAACAGGGCUGCCUUACAGGUUAUAGGACUCUCGGCUCAUGCUCAAUGUAAAUAGCUUGACAUCUUUACAGACAUCCAAAUCCAUACUUUUAAUGAAUUUAUUUGAUCACAAACAUUUCAGAAUAGCAUUUUACAUAUAACGCAGUGUUCUUUUUGUUAAAUCACAAAUGAUGUUACUUUUUUUUUCUUUGGUGAAAGUGUAAUGUAAAUAUUAACAGUAUCCUAAGGACUAUCCUUUGUUUUUUUUUUUUUUGUUUUUUUUUUUUUUGCGCAGAAAGGUCAGAGGUGAGGGCCUGGGGCCGCACUGUGUCUUGCUUACAGUCUGGAUUUGUCCCACAUAUAAAUUCCAGACUGGGAAUAGUUCACUUCUUUACAAAAGGCAAACACUGAAUCUGAGAAAAGUGACUCAAAUAUGACGGCGGGAGAGAAGUUGUGAUGUGUUAUACAUAUGCCUAAAAACCUGACAUUUUUUCUGUCAUACCACAUUAAUGUCUUUAGCAUUUGUACUGCAGUAAACUCAAGAACAUUUAGCCUUGAUUUGACUGUAUAGUGUUAAUAUGUCAGUCAGAACCCUGGCCACGAUUCCUGCCACUAGGUUUGUCGAACUGAUGACGAACCCAGACUGUAAAGCCAAACUAAAGCCAUUGGCCUGACACAGUCUGGUUCUGGGCGAAUGCAGAAGCAUUUCAGCUGCUAAUGCACCCCCUUAAUAACACGGCACACACCACCAUGGAUCAGCAGUUCACAGAUUUUUAUUUGGCAGUCAUUAAUUCAGUGAGCCCUUUGAGCAGAAAGCCUGAUUCUUUUGCUCUUAUCAAAUGCCACAUGGACUGAAAUCCUCUGUCUGAUUACUUCUGCAUUGGGCCAAACAUAUGCAAUGUGAAUGUUUUAAAGUGUAUGUCUUCAGAGGCAGUCCACUGACAAAUAUGUUGAAUCAUCUACUGUGUGUAUAUAUACUAGUCAAGCAGAAUUAGCUUUGUAAUUUGUGUCUUUCACAUCGAUUCAUCGAAAGCCGUCUACAUGUUCUUCACCUUUGAGAGUUCGAUCAACAAGUCCGUCUAGAUCACCGGUCAGUAGACAUCAGGAACACUUUCAAAGUCAUCUUUAAUGUAGCUGCAAAUUCACCUGCAACAUCAUUGUUUCUGGUUUCUCUACUAUCAGAAUGUUGAGGGCUUCAUUUUUUAAGAUCUCUCAAACUUUUAUCUUGUGUAACUGGGUGCAAACAUAUUCCUGUAGACAACAAGCAAUACAGCAGCUCUUUCUAACGUUUGGUUUUACCGCUUCAAACACUGGUGCUGGCUUGUGUUAGUUCAGGAGACAUUCUUCGAUUGUGUUUUCAUUUCCAUGAAUUGUUCACUCAGUCAUGGAUGAACAAGUGCUUUUUUUUUAACGCUCAUGGUUAUUUAACCAACGUAAUGCUGCUUUGCUCUCUGAGAUUAUUUGUUGACUUUAUGAAAACUGUUUGACUUUCUGCUGGUUUUCAUUCGCCGCUCAAAGAACAGUUUCGAGACCAGCAUACCGAUAACACAUCUAUUAUUACAUCUGUCAUGGUUAGAAUAUAAAUCUGUGCCAUGUCAUUUUUUUCCCCCUUUGUUUUCAAAAUAGAAUCAUUCAUUAAGGUACGUUAUGGGCCUAAGCGGAUGCUAGUGAUUUGAUUUCUCUGGUUUUCUUUUUGCACAGCCAUUUUGUACCUGGCUAAUUGGUACCACAUCAUACAACAGUACAGUCUUCGCCUCAGGACUCACUGUGUGAUUAAGAACAAGCAACCUGAUGUUCUGGAUUAGUCCAAGGCAGCUUUAUCUUUCUGAGGCAUGGCUGGAUUUUAAUAACUACCUGGAACAUAACACAUCUCUCUGGGCAUUUUCUGUCCUAAAUAAAAAGCCACCUUCAGUAUGCACCAAGUUCUGCAGAAGAA